GCCGCCGCUGGUGGGAGUUGUAGUCCGGCCGUGGUUGGGGGGGCCCGCGGCUCAUGCGCGGUGCACCGAGGCUUGUUUCACAUCUGUAACAACAGGAGGAGGCCCAGCCUCGUGAUGAGGAAUAGCAGGGAGAGAAUUCAGCUCCAGUUCAAAAGCCUACGCAAUCUGAGACCGUCACUGCUCGUGUAAGGAUUCCAGCUUUCCCUCCUGGCCAGAAAUGUUCAGCCUGGACUCAUUCAGAAAAGAUCGGGCCCAGCACAGGCAGCGUCAGUGCAAACUUCCCCCACCCCGCCUUCCACCCAUGUGUGUCAACCCUGCCCCUGGAGGGACCAUCUCUCGAGGCUGAACGUUAACAUUUCCAACAUGGCAGCUUCUAGGGACCUAUUAAAAGAGUUCCCACAGCCCAAAAACCUUCUCAACAGUGUAAUUGGAAGAGCCCUCGGCAUCUCACAUGCAAAAGACAAGCUGGUCUACGUGCACACGAAUGGACCGAAGAAAAAGAAAGUCACCCUCCACAUAAAGUGGCCCAAGAGCGUGGAGGUCGAAGGCUAUGGCAGCAAGAAGAUCGACGCCGAGCGGCAGGCGGCAGCGGCGGCCUGCCAGCUCUUCAAGGGCUGGGGCCUGCUGGGUCCCCGAAAUGAGCUGUUUGAUGCAGCCAAAUACCGCGUGCUAGCUGAUCGCUUUGGCUCUCCGGCUGACAGCUGGUGGCGCCCAGAACCCACCAUGCCACCUACUUCUUGGCGGCAGCUGAACCCUGAGAGCAUCCGGCCAGGGGGACCUGGGGGCCUGUCCCGCUCCUUGGGCCGGGAGGAAGAGGAGGAUGAGGAAGAAGAGCUGGAAGAGGGGACCAUUGAUGUCACCGACUUCCUGUCCAUGACCCAGCAGGACUCCCACACCCCACUCAGGGACUCGAGGGGGGGUUCCUUUGAAAUGACAGACGACGACAGUGCUAUCAGGGCCCUGACCCAGUUUCCGCUUCCCAAGAACCUUCUGGCCAAAGUGAUUCAGAUAGCAACGUCGUCCUCCACAGCUAAGAACCUCAUGCAGUUCCAUACUGUGGGCACCAAGACCAAGCUGUCCACCCUCACCCUGCUCUGGCCCUGUCCCAUGACCUUUGUCGCCAAAGGGCGCCGCAAAGCAGAGGCUGAGAAUAAGGCGGCAGCCCUGGCCUGCAAGAAACUGAAGAGCCUGGGCCUGGUGGAUCGCAACAACGAGCCGCUUACCCACGCCAUGUAUAACCUGGCCUCCUUGCGUGAGCUGGGCGAGACGCAGCGCCGGCCGUGCACCAUUCAGGUGCCUGAGCCCAUCCUCCGAAAGAUAGAGACCUUCCUGAACCAUUACCCUGUGGACAGUUCCUGGAUCUCCCCGGAGCUCCGGCUGCAGAGUGAGGACAUCUUGCCCUUGGGCAAGGACUCAGGGCCCCUGAGUGACCCUAUCACAGGCAAGCCCUACGUGCCCCUGUCAGAAGCAGAGGAGGUACGUCUGAGCCAGAACUUGCUGGAGCUGUGGCGGCGGCGAGGGCCAGUCUGGCAGGAGGCCCCCCAGCUCCCCGUGGACCCGCAUCGGGACACCAUCCUCAAUGCCAUCGAGCAGCACCCAGUGGUGGUCAUCUCUGGGGACACAGGCUGUGGCAAGACCACACGCAUCCCCCAGCUGCUGCUGGAGCGCUAUGUGACCGAGGGCCGUGGCGCCCGCUGCAACGUGAUCAUCACCCAGCCGCGGCGCAUCUCUGCUGUGUCCGUGGCACAGCGGGUCAGCCACGAACUGGGCCCCUCUCUGCGCCGGAACGUGGGCUUCCAGGUGCGGUUGGAAAGCAAGCCCCCGGCCCGUGGCGGGGCCCUGCUCUUCUGCACCGUGGGCAUCCUGCUGCGGAAGCUGCAGAGCAACCCCAGCCUGGAGGGCGUGAGCCACGUCAUUGUGGACGAGGUCCACGAGCGGGACGUGAAUACAGACUUCCUGCUGAUUCUGCUCAAGGGCCUGCAGCGGCUCAACCCGGCCCUGCGGCUAGUGCUGAUGAGCGCCACGGGCGAUAACGAGCGCUUCUCCCGCUACUUUGGUGGCUGCCCUGUCAUCAAGGUGCCGGGCUUCAUGUACCCGGUCAAGGAGCACUACCUGGAGGACAUCCUGGCCAAGCUGGGCAAGCACCAGUACCCGCACCGGCACCGGCACCACGAGUCUGAGGAUGAGUGUGCACUCGAUUUGGACCUUGUGACGGAUCUGGUUCUGCACAUCGAUGCCCGAGGGGAGCCAGGUGGGAUCCUCUGCUUCCUGCCUGGUUGGCAGGAGAUCAAAGGAGUGCAGCAACGCCUCCAGGAGGCCCUGGGCAUGCACGAGAGCAAGUACCUCAUCCUGCCAGUGCACUCCAACAUCCCCAUGAUGGACCAGAAGGCCAUAUUCCAGCAGCCGCCAGUUGGGGUGCGCAAGAUUGUCUUGGCCACCAAUAUCGCGGAGACGUCGAUCACAGUCAAUGACAUCGUGCAUGUGGUGGACAGCGGUCUGCACAAGGAGGAACGCUAUGACCUGAAGACCAAGGUGUCGUGCCUGGAGACUGUGUGGGUGUCACGAGCCAAUGUGAUCCAGCGCCGGGGCCGGGCGGGCCGCUGCCAGUCAGGCUUUGCCUACCACCUGUUCCCGCGGAGCCGGCUGGAGAAAAUGGUCCCUUUCCAAGUGCCGGAGAUUCUGCGCACGCCCCUCGAGAACCUGGUGCUACAAGCCAAAAUCCACAUGCCUGAGAAGACGGCGGUGGAGUUCCUUUCCAAGGCUGUGGACAGUCCAAACAUUAAGGCGGUGGACGAGGCUGUGAUCUUGCUCCAGGAGAUCGGAGUGCUGGACCAGCGGGAGUACCUGACCACCCUGGGGCAGCGCCUGGCCCACAUCUCCACCGACCCCCGGCUGGCCAAGGCCAUAGUGCUGGCCGCCAUCUUCCGUUGCCUGCACCCGCUGCUGGUGGUCGUCUCCUGUCUCACCCGGGACCCCUUCAGCAGUAGCCUGCAGAACCGGGCGGAGGUGGACAAGGUCAGACCCGGCCCCUCCCCCGCCCUCUGUCCGGAAAGCCGCUGCCGCUGCCACCGCUCACCCUGUGGCCCUCCCGCUCCCUCCCAGGUGAAGGCGCUGUUGAGCCAUGACAGCGGCAGUGACCACCUGGCCUUCGUGCGGGCCGUGGCGGGCUGGGAGGAGGUUCUGCGCUGGCAGGACCGCAGCUCCCGUGAGAACUAUCUGGAGGAAAACCUGCUCUACGCCCCCAGCCUGCGCUUCAUCCACGGACUCAUCAAGCAGUUCUCAGAGAACAUUUACGAGGCUUUCCUGGUGGGAAAGCCCUCCGACUGCACCCUGGCCUCUGCCCAGUGCAACGAGUACAGCGAGGAGGAGGAGCUGGUGAAGGGCGUGCUCAUGGCCGGCCUCUACCCCAACCUCAUCCAGGUGAGGCAGGGCAAGGUGACCCGGCAGGGCAAGUUCAAGCCCAACAGCGUCACUUACAGGACCAAAUCAGGCAACAUCUUGCUGCACAAGUCGACCAUUAACAGGGAGGCCACGCGGCUGCGGAGCCGAUGGCUGACGUAUUUCAUGGCCGUCAAGUCCAACGGCAGUGUCUUCGUGCGGGACUCCUCGCAGGUGCACCCGCUAGCCGUGCUGCUGCUGACCGACGGGGACGUGCACAUCCGUGAUGAUGGGCGCCGGGCCACCAUCUCCCUGAGUGACAGUGACCUGCUGCGGCUGGAGGGGGACUCGCGCACUGUGCGGCUGCUGCGGGAGCUGCGCCGGGCGCUGGGCCGCAUGGUGGAGCGGAGCCUGCGCAGUGAGCUGGCCGCGCUGCCGCCGGGCGUGCAGCAGGAGCACGGGCAGCUGCUGGCGCUGCUGGCGGAGCUGCUGCGGGGGCCCUGUGGCAGCUUUGACGUGCGCAAGACGGCGGACGACUGAGCCCCCCCCCCCCCCCCCCGUCUGCUGGGGCCGUGUACAGAGUGCAAAUGUUUAUUUAAAAUAAAGUUCUAUUUAUC